CAAACAACAAAAUGAUAGGCUAUUAGGCUAGCUCAAGCCUUGGGAAUUUGCUAAGUAAUGGCGUGAUGGGAAGGUUUUGCACAUUAUGGUAACCUUUUCCAUUAUUCAAUCUCAUUAAUUAUUUUUAAUUAUAUUUUAUUUAAAUGGAUACCAUUUUUUUCUUAGUUUAAAUUAUUUAUAAAUAAUCCAUAAAAUCGACAAAUAUUAGCACACGACAAUACACACAAUUACAAUACAGACAAUACUCUGCAGCACACGACAAUACACACAAUUACAAAACUGGCAGUGUAAAUUAACAAACAAAGAAAAUCAAAGAACAAAAGGGAAAAGGCAAAGGUUUGGCCCAAAAAAAAAAAAAAACCAGAAAAGAGAAAAGGUAAAAAGGAAGAAGCAAACACCUGGUGCAAAUGUCACGUCUGUGAUAAUUGAAAGCGGCAACAAAACAGAGCUACAGUCUCUGUCAUAUCCAAAAUCUUAAAACCAAAGCUAAAACGUUUGUUGUGACUUGUGGGAGCAAACCAACUCAACCAUAAAGCAUUCACAUUCCCUUCCAAACCAAGAAACAUAAAAGCACAACCCAAAAGAGAAAAGGAAAGAAACGAAGAAGAAAAUAUUCAAAACCCAUUUCCUUCCAAGUUUGUCCUACAUUUUGAUCUCUUCGAGAUCAUAAUCGAAUAAAAAACCCAAAUGGGAUUUCUGGGUUUGCAUCAAAAUAUGAUUAAGGAGGAAAAAAAGAAAAAAGGUGAGAUUUUUAUGGAGAGGGACCAAUCUGCUGCGGCGAGCAACUUGGAGAUAAAGGUGGUCCGUCCACGGCGGAACGACAACUUGGUGCACCCGGCGGGCCAAGCUCCGAGGACGACGCGAAGGCGGUCGUACAGCAGCAACUACAACCCGUUCAAGAGGUGGGUCUCAUGGCUGGUCCCGUCGUUUGUGGUGGCCAACAUUGUCGUUUUUGUGGUCACCAUGUUUGUGAACGAUUGCCCCAAGAACUCGGCCUCUUGCAUUGCUCGCUUCUUGGGCCGCCUCUCUUUUCAGCCCCUCAAGGAAAACCCACUUCUUGGGCCAUCUUCAGCCACAUUAGAAAAGAUGGGUGCUCUAGACGUGCAGAGAAUGGUUCAUAAACACCAGGCAUGGCGGAUGAUCUCAUGUAUGUGGUUACAUGCUGGAGUUUUCCAUCUACUGGCCAAUAUGCUGAGUCUUGUAUUCAUUGGGAUUCGGCUUGAGCAAGAAUUUGGAUUUGUUCGAAUUGGUUUGCUUUAUGUCCUGUCUGGUUUUGGUGGGAGUUUGCUUUCAUCUCUUUUUAUUCAAUAUGGUAUUUCUGUUGGUGCUUCUGGUGCACUUUUUGGUCUACUAGGAAGCAUGCUAUCAGAGAUCAUAGCAAAUUGGACAAUGUAUGAAAAUAAGUUAGCAGCAUUGCUUACUCUCAUUGUCAUCGUCAUAGUAAAUUUAGCAGUGGGAAUCCUCCCACACGUGGACAACUUUGCUCAUAUUGGAGGAUUUCUUUCUGGAUUUCUUCUUGGAUUUGUGUUUUUGAUCCGCCCCCAAUUUAAAUGGCUUACCCAAAGGAAUGCUCCUCCUGGGCAUGUUUCAACUCCAGUUAAAUCUAAACACAAGACAUAUCAAUAUGUAUUGUGGGUUCUCGCUCUGAUAAUAUUGAUUGUUGGGUUUACUAUUGGCAUGGUUACUCUCCUUCGAGGGGUCAAUCUGAAUGAUUACUGUUCCUGGUGUCAUUAUUUGAGCUGUGUCCCUACCUCAAAAUGGAGCUGCAAGUCACAACAAAUUUAUUGUUUGUCCAGCCAGUUAGGAAAUCAGCUGAACUUGACAUGCGUAAGCAACGGGAGAAAUGGCACUUAUUCAUUGCUGGAUGGCAACCCCACCCGGGCUCAACAGCUAUGCGCUGAGCUUUGCAGUUGACAUACAUGCACACAGCAAGAGAUGAUAGAAUGUUGAUUGAUAUGAGAUUCAUAUAUCUGUAGAGAAUAUUUCUUUUCUUUUUUUUUUUUGGUUGGGUAAGAGUAGUCUUGUGUAUUCACCAAGUAAUGGUUAUUCUUUUCAUUCUUUUAUUGCUUCUGUACUCUUAUUUUUACUAGCUGAAAAAGAGGGUUUGUAAAUACAGAUAGGGAUGUACUUAUUGAUGGCAACUUGAAGUGAAAACAGCCAGUUCUAUUUUGUGCUA